GCAGCUUCAAUGUACGAUCAGGUGAAGACAAUGCCAGGCCCACCUUCAUGGAGGUCCGAUACGAAUAUCCUCAAAGAAGCACCCAAUGAGCCACAAACACUCUACUGGCGUGAUCCUGUGGAAUGCAUGCACUUCCUAUUCCAGAAUCCAGACUUUGAUGGGGGUAUUGCCUAUGUGCCCUCAUAG